UCAACGGGUUUUUGGAUUCCAAAGAUUACAUUGAGAACCAUUAUUGGACUUUGUGGUAGUUGGUGUAUGUGUAAAUGAGCGUAACGAGGUAACGUAAAAAUAAAAAUUAAAAAAAAAAAAAAGAAAAAAAAAAGAAGAAUAAAACCUUAGCAUGUUGACCGGUGGAUAUAGAUAAAGAUAAAGAGAAAAACAAAACAAAACAAAAGCUUAGAUAGAAAAAACCCUAACAAAACAACAAAAAAUCAAAAACCAAAAAAGUUGCUUCUUCAUUCCUUGUUUUAAUGCAUCUAAGUUUUUCCCUCUUUGUCCUAAGAUUAUUAUUAUUACUUUCCAAAGUUCAUAUCUACAUAGAGUUAGGCUAUUAAUAUUAUUAUUAUUUAUUAAUUAUUUCCAAUGGUUGAUUUAGACAAUGUUUCAACAGCUUCAGGUGAAGCUAGUAUCUCUUCAUUUGGUAAUAACAACAAUAAUCAAACCCCAAAACCCACCAAGAAAAAAAGAAAUCUCCCAGGAAUGCCAGAUCCAGAAGCAGAAGUGAUAGCUUUAUCACCAACAACUUUGUUAGCAACAAACAGAUUUGUAUGUGAAAUAUGUAACAAAGGUUUUCAAAGAGAUCAGAAUCUUCAACUUCAUAGAAGAGGACAUAAUUUACCAUGGAAACUAAGACAAAGAUCAAGUAAAGAAGUUAGGAAAAGGGUUUAUGUUUGUCCUGAAUCAACUUGUGUUCAUCAUGAUCCUUCUAGAGCUUUAGGUGAUUUAACUGGAAUUAAAAAGCACUUUUGUAGAAAACAUGGUGAGAAGAAGUGGAAAUGUGAUAAAUGUUCUAAGAAAUAUGCUGUUCAAUCUGAUUGGAAAGCUCACUCUAAAGUUUGUGGUUCUAGAGAGUAUAAAUGUGAUUGUGGAACUGUUUUUUCCAGGAGGGAUAGUUUUAUCACACAUAGAGCUUUUUGUGAUGCUUUGGCUGAAGAGAAUGCAAAAUCUCAGAAUCAAGCUGUUGGGAAAGCUAAUUCAGAAUCUGAUUCAAAGGUUUUGACAGGUGAUUCAUUGCCGGUGGCGCCCACGCCGGCUGCUAUAACAACUCCUCAGUCAAAUAGUGGUGUGUCCUCUGCUUUGGAGAAUCAAAAGCUAGAUUUGCCGGAAAAUCCACCGCAAAUCGUAGAGGAGCCAGAAGCUAUUGUUACUACUACUACUGCUGCUGCUGCUGCUGCUGUUUUGAAUGCCAAUUGUAGUAGUAGUAGCAGCACUAGCUCGACAAGUAAUGGUUGUGCUGCUACUAGCAGUGGCGUGUUUGCAAGUUUGUUUGCUUCAUCAACAGCUUCGGCUUCUGCAAGUAUGCAAUCUCAUACACCAGUGUUUACUGAUUUAAUUAGGUCGAUGGGAUGUCCAGAUCGCUCGACAGAUUUCUCAGCUCCUCCGUCGUCCGAGGCCAUAUCUCUUUGUCUCUCGACCAAUCCUGGAUCAUCAAUUUUCGGAACAGGAGGGCAGGAGUGUCGUCAAUAUGUGCCUACACAUCAGCCGCCAGCAAUGUCUGCCACUGCAUUACUGCAGAAAGCUGCUCAAAUGGGAGCUGCCGCAACUAACGCAUCUUUGCUUCGUGGGCUUGGAAUUGUGUCAUCUUCAGCUUCCACUUCAUCAGGUCAGCACGAUAGCCUGCACUGGGGUCUCGGACAAGUGGAACCGGAGGGUUCUGGUUUAGGUCCAGCAGGACUUGGACUCAGACUUCCUUGUGACGGUGAUUCAGGACUAAAGGAAUUAAUGUUAGGGACUCCAUCAAUGUUUGGUCCUAAACAGACAACUCUUGAUUUUCUAGGAUUAGGUAUGGCUGCUGGUGGAAGUGCUGGCGGAGGCUUGUCAGCACUUAUUACAUCAAUCGGUGGCAGCGGUGGUUUGGAUGUUACCGCAGCAACUGCAUCCUUCGGCAACGGAGAGUUUUCCGGCAAAGAUAUUGGAAGGAAUUCAUGAUAAUUUGGCUGCAAUAUCAACUGCUAAUGUUUUGGUUGUAAAGUUACAUUUGUAGUCUAUGAAUUCAAUAUGAACAUUCUGAAGUUAAUAUGCAAGUAUGGAUCAAUGCAAAAGGUAAUGUGCAAAUGGGGUCUUUUUGAAUUGUCUAUGCACCUUAAAUUGCAAAGAAAAAAAAGACUAGACAUUAAUGGAAAUGAAGAUGUGACCUUAACAAGGGCAGAAAGAUCAACAACAUGCUUGGUUUGGACAACAACACAAGCUUGUGAGAAAUUAAGGUUAUGUGCAUAGGUUCCAUAUGGUUGUUGUUGUCAUAGGUUUUAGAGACAGUGUGGCAUUUGAAGAUCACAUCUUGUUUUGGUUUCUUGGACAGUUUUGAUCAAAUCAUGUAUGAUUUGGUUUGUAGCUGUAGGUAUAAAUUAGGAUGCUAGUAGUAGUAGUAGUUUUCUUUGGUUGUAGUUGGAAUUAUUGUCACUUAUGUGAUUGAAUUUUAGUAAGUAAUUAAUGUUCUUCGUAAAUGUUAUAAAUUGUAAUUAUUCUA